UUGUCGAGGAGGACGACAGUGGAGAGAGCCGUUGAUGCGCCUUGGUGCUCGCUUUCGCCUCUCUAGAUGAUAAACCUCACGAGGCACCGAGUCACUAACCUCGUGACCAGUGGGCUUUCACUAGAUGCAGCGUUGUACACGCGCCGCCACUAUUCUGCUCACUCUCCCGACAAGUUCACAUUCCCGCCUCUUCUCAAAUCAUGCGCGAAGCUCGGCGACGCCACCCAAGGCCGAAACCUGCACGCCCAGAUCAUAAAGACCGGCUUUCUCGUCGAUUAUUUCACCGCGACGGCUCUGGUGAGCAUGUACAUGAAGGCGAAGCAGACGAAGGACGCACUCAACCUGCUCGACGAAAUGCCCGAGAGGAGCGUCGCGAGUGUUAACGCGGCGGUUUCCGGGCUUUUGGAGAACGGGUUUGCUAGAGAAGCGUUUAGGAUGUUCGGGGAAGCUAGGGUUAGUGGGUCUGGUACCAACUCUGUUACGGUGGCUAGCGUUUUGAGUAGCUGCGAUGAUGUAGAAGGAGGGAUGCAGGUGCACUGCUUGGCGAUGAAGUCAGGUUUUGAGACGGAAGUAUACGUUGGGACAUCUCUUGUUUCAAUGUAUUCGAGGUGUGGGGAGUGGGUUUUAGCUGCGAGGAUGUUCGAAACGGUUCCUCACAAGAGUGUUGUGACGUACAAUGCGUUCAUCUCCGGAUUGAUGGUGAAUGGAGUUCCACGUUUGGUUCCUAGCGUCUUCAAUCUCAUGAGGAAGUUUUCAGAUGAAGAACCAAACGCUGUUACUUUCACCAAUGCCGUAUCUGCUUGCGCUAGUCUUAUGCAUCUCCAGUACGCUUGGCAAAUCCAUGGUCUUGUCAUGAAAAAACCGUUUCGGUUUGAUACAAUGGUCGGUACGUCUCUCAUUGAUAUGUAUUCGAAAUGCCGGUGUUGGGAAUCAGCGUACGGCGUUUUCACAGAGAUGAAAGGUACCAGGAACUUGAUUUCUUGGAACUCUGUUAUCUCUGGGAUGAUGAUUAACGGACAGCAUGAGGUGGCAGUUGAGCUGUUCGAACAGCUUGAUUCAGAGGGGCUUAAGCCAGAUUCCGCCACGUGGAAUUCGCUGAUCAGUGGCUUUUCGCAGUUAGGGAAAGUAGUGGAAGCUUUCAAGAUCUUUGAGAGAAUGAUAUCCGUAGUUGUGGCUCCUAGUUUGAAAUGUCUCACUAGCCUUCUAUCAGCUUGCUCAGAUACUUGGGUUUUAAAGAACGGGAACGAGAUCCAUGGAUACGUCAUUAAAGCUGCAGCUGAGAGGGAUACAUUUGUUUCUACGUCUCUCAUGGACAUGUACAUGAAAUGUGGGUUGUCGUUAUGGGCACGGCGAAUCUUUGACCGGUUUGAACCGAAACCCAAGGAUCCGGUGUUCUGGAACGUUAUGAUAUCCGGCUAUGGUAAACAUGGUGAGUGUGAAUCUGCAAUUGAAAUCUUUGAACUACUAAGAGAGGAGAAAGUAGAACCGAGUUUGGCAACCUUUACUGCUGUUCUAUCUGCGUGUAGUCACUGUGGCGACGUCGAAAAGGGAGUUAAAAUUUUUAGUUUGAUGCAGGAAGAUUAUGGGUUCAAACCUAGUACAGACCACAUUGGUUGUAUGGUUGAUCUCUUGUGUCGCUUUGGGAGAUUGAGAGAGGCCAAGGAGGUGAUAGAUCAAAUGUCGGAACCAUCAUCUUCGGUUUACUCUUCUCUGCUCGGUGCCUGUAGGCAGCACCUGGAUCCAGUGCUUGGGGGGGAAGCAGCGAUGAAGCUAGCUGAGUUAGAGCCAGAGAAUCCGGCUCCGUUUGUGAUCUUGUCAAGCAUAUAUGCUGCAUUAGAAAGAUGGGAAGAUGUGGAGAGUAUCAGGCGUGUAAUAGAUGAGAAGCAACUAGUAAAACUUCCGGGUGUUAGUUUGUCUGGUUAGGUAUAUGGACUUGGUGAUGCAGAGAGGUUUACUGCAGAGCCCAGACAGGGUUCCCUUCGGGGAGUAUUGGCAUGGUCAUCAUGAUUUGGAGCCUAUUAAGCAGAUGAUACAGAUACCAGUAUCUGCCUUCUUACAAUGAACCAGUUACUUGCACUGAAGAGUUGAAGACCCUUUGUGAUGAAUAUUUAUUUGUAAAUCAAAGAUGAGACAAAAGUAGACUGAUUCUUGUAUUACCAAAAUUGUGUGUUGUUUGCUCUUGGGUCAGAGCAAAUUGUAUAACAUAAAAUGAGUUUUUUU